AUGGCUAAUGGUGAAAAGUUAAGCCGAAAGAUGAUUUUUCCAUACACAUUCACAUCUAAGGUUGUUCAAUUUCCCUUUAAAUUACACUUCAAUAAUCAUUGGAUGUUUCCGUGGCUUAUUAGAGCAACUGUAAUUGUUUCACCCAUAUUUUAUCUAAUUCAGAAAGCUGCGAACAGUGAAGCUAAUGUAAAGUUAUGGGCCGAGAAAAGGAGGAAAGAAGAAGACAAUUACAAACACAAGUGGGAUUAA